AUGGACUUUGUGCUUCUUUACUUCAUGAUCUCCCUGUCAGUUGCAAAUGCUACUCUAAGAGGACCACAAGUAGUAAAUGGAAAUGAGGGAGAUUCAGUCCAGAUUACCUGUACCUACCACAUGCAUUACCGCAACUAUCAGAAAUACUGGUGCAAAGGCAGGAGCAGGUCAGCCUGUACCAUUCUGGUAAAAACUCAAGGCUCUGAGAAGACAAUCUCUGAAGGCAGGAUAAGCAUUAAAGAUGAUAAAAGAGCCGGGGAGUUUACAGUCACAAUGGACCAGCUAACUCUGAAUGAUCAAGACAUGUACUGGUGUGGAAUUACGAGAUUUUUGAUGGACCUGCAAACUCCUGUAAAACUGGACAUCUUUGAAAGUCAUCAGUUACUUCCUCCAGUCACAGAUUACUUAUCAGCACAGGAAAUUGGGAAAAUUAGUUCCAAAUACCAUUUCAUAUGGAACAUUUUACGUUGGAUCUUUUUUGUCAUUCUUCUUCUCUGGGGUAUAGUGGCCAUGAGAAUAUAG